AUGUUUUUUGUUAUUUGCCUGGCGUGGCAAACGGUGCGUUCGCAGACAUCGCCCGGCUCACGUUCGGUUGUAACCUCGAACGCGGCCGAAUGUGCCGAAAUUGGAAUGUCCAUGCUGGAGCAAGGAGGUUCCGCAGCAGACGCGGCUAUUGCCACUCUAUUUUGUGAAGGCGUUUCGAUUCCACAGAGCAUGGGUGUCGGUGGUGGGUUUGUGCUGACCAUCUACAAUAAAGCAUCCGGUAUCGUCGAAUCGUUGGAUUCGCGAGAGGUUGCACCUGCAGCCGCCACCAAAGAUAUGUUUAUCGGUAGCGCACAGUCCGCCAUUGAGGGAGGGAAGUCGAUCGCUGUUCCUGCCGAAGUUAAGGGAUACUGGGAGCUGCAUCAAAAGUAUGGCAAACUUCCGUGGAAAACACUAGUGAAUCCAACAAUUGAAUUAUGCAAAAAGGGCUCCCUCGUCACAGAUUAUUUAGAGAAAAUUUUGUCUGCAAAGAAAGAGACCAUGCUGGCGAUGCCUUCGCUAGCAAAUAUAUUUAUAAACCCCGACACCAACGAUACUUGGAAGGUAGGGGAUCGCAUUAAGCGUCCAGCGCUAGCAGAAUCAUUACAAGCGAUAGCUGUAGAAGGUGCAGAUGCUUUGUACAGCAAGGGUGGAUCUUUGUUGCCAAAACUGAUGACCGACUUGAGGAAUAUCGGUAGCAUCUUGACGGAAAACGAUUUUUAUAGUUACAGGCCCGAGUGGGUGAAACCAACGCGAGCGAGGCUGCGAAAUAGCUAUGACGUUUAUUCCAUGCCGUUGCCGGGAAGUGGAUCUGUUCUUAGUUACAUGUUAUCCAUUCUGGACGGAUAUAAGGAUUUAUCGCCGAAUGAUCCUCUUACGUGGCAUCGGAUUGUCGAGAGCAUGAAGCAUGGUUAUGGAUUACGUACGAAACUUGGCGAUUCGCGCUUUGUUUCCAAUGUCAAUACGGUUCUGCAGAAGAUGACAAACAAGAACUAUGUUGCCUACGUGCGCGAUAUGAUAGUGAACAAUAUGACAUUCGAGAGCUACGAUUAUUAUGGAGCAGAUUUUGCUGGGUUGGAAGAUCACGGAACGGCUCACGUUUCGGUGUUAGCCGGUAACGGAGAUGCAGUAGCCGUUACAAGCACAAUCAAUUAUUUGUUCGGUUCAAUGGUACUAUCACCAUCUACCGGUAUCAUCCUCAACGACGAAAUGGACGAUUUUUCUACACCAGGCGUGAUCAAUGCAUACGGUCUAUCACCCUCACCUGCCAAUUUUAUCGUUCCUGGGAAACGGCCUCUCUCUUCGAUGUCUCCUACGAUCAUAGUCGAUCGCCAAGGGGCUGUGCGAAUGGUUGUCGGUGGUGCAGGAGGAUCACGAAUUACUUCUGCCACGACGCUUCUCAUUAUUCGGACUUUAAUUUUUAGACAAAGUCUUUGUGACGCCAUCAAUGCACCACGAAUCCACCAUCAGCUAGCACCGAUGCAUAUCGAGUAUGAGCGCGGAUUUGAUACAAACGUUUUGACUGAACUCGAAUUACGCGGUCACAAGCUUCAAGAAGUGAAAGCCGAUUUUGGAUUUGCAGCAAUAACUGUAAUCACAAAAAAUGGAAAUUCUGUUUCAGCCGCUUUCGACAGGCGGCGAAGCGGAAGCGUAUCGAUACGACCGGCAAAACCAGGAGUGGGUAAUUGCUAUUAGGACUAUACUGCUGCAAUUUUACCGUAUGCAA